UGGAAGAGGAGUUGCUGUUGCCGGGAGGUCUUGAUUGUCCGUAUUUAUGAAUGAAACUGACCUCGAUCACCUGUUACCUCCAGUUUGCAGAUUGUUUGAACUUCUGCGACCACACAGUCCAGGAAGGACAGCCGAAGCAGCACCGGAGCCGGGGCGGCUGCAGCAUGGGCUGGUGCACAGGGCUGCUCGGUCUUUUCUGGGGAGUGUUACUUACUGCGAGAGCCAACUAUCAAAAUGGAAAGAACAAUGUGCCAAGGCUGAAAUUAUCCUACAAAGAAAUGUUAGAAUCCAACAGUGUGAUCACGUUCAAUGGUUUGGCCAACAGCUCCAGUUAUCACACCUUCCUUUUGGAUGAGGAGCGGAGCAGGCUGUAUGUUGGAGCAAAGGAUCACAUAUUUUCAUUCAACUUGGUUAAUAUCAAGGAUUUUCAAAAGAUUGCUUGGCCAGUAUCUUAUACCAGAAGAGAUGAAUGCAAAUGGGCUGGGAAAGAUAUCUUGAGAGAAUGCGCCAAUUUCAUCAAGGUGCUCAAGGCGUAUAACCAGACACACUUGUACGCCUGCGGAACGGGGGCUUUCCAUCCAAUUUGCACCUAUAUUGGAAUUGGACAUCAUCCUGAGGACAACAUUUUUAAGCUGGAGGACUCCCAUUUUGAAAAUGGCCGUGGGAAGAGUCCGUAUGACCCCAAACUACUGACAGCAUCUCUUUUAAUAGAUGGAGAAUUAUACUCUGGAACCGCGGCUGAUUUUAUGGGGCGAGACUUUGCCAUCUUCCGGACACUUGGGCACCACCAUUCUAUUAGGACGGAGCAGCACGAUUCCAGGUGGCUCAACGAUCCAAGGUUCGUCAGUGCCCAUCUCAUCCCAGAGAGUGACAACCCUGAAGAUGACAAAGUGUACUUUUUCUUUCGUGAAAACGCCAUAGAUGGAGAACAUUCUGGAAAAGCCACUCACGCAAGAAUAGGUCAGAUAUGCAAGAACGACUUUGGGGGCCACAGGAGUCUGGUGAAUAAGUGGACGACCUUCCUCAAAGCCAGGCUCGUGUGCUCAGUGCCUGGGCCAAACGGCAUCGACACACACUUCGAUGAAUUGCAGGAUGUAUUCCUAAUGAACUCUAAAGAUCCUAAAAACCCAAUUGUAUAUGGAGUGUUUACAACUUCCAGUAACAUCUUCAAGGGAUCGGCUGUGUGCAUGUACAGCAUGAGCGACGUGCGGAGGGUCUUCCUGGGGCCCUAUGCUCACAGAGACGGGCCCAACUACCAAUGGGUGCCUUACCAAGGCAGAGUGCCCUACCCACGCCCCGGAACCUGUCCCGGCAAAACCUUCGGCGGGUUCGAGUCUACGAAGGACCUCCCUGAUGAUGUCAUCACCUUCGCACGAAGCCACCCAGCCAUGUUCAACCCCGUGUUUCCUCUGAACAACCGCCCCAUAAUGGUUAAGACCGAUGUAAAUUACCAGUUCACACAAAUUGUAGUGGACCGAGUGGAUGCAGAGGAUGGCCAGUAUGAUGUCAUGUUUAUUGGAACAGAUGUUGGGACCGUUCUUAAAGUAGUUUCAAUUCCUAAAGAGACUUGGCAUGAUUUAGAAGAAGUUCUGCUGGAAGAAAUGACAGUUUUUCAGGAACCAACUGCUAUUUCAGCGAUGGAGCUCUCCACUAAGCAGCAACAACUGUACCUGGGCUCGGCGGUGGGCGUGGCGCAGCUCCCCCUGCACCGCUGCGACGUGUACGGCAAGGCCUGCGCCGAGUGCUGCCUGGCCCGCGACCCCUACUGCGCCUGGGACGGUGCCGCCUGCUCCCGCUACUUCCCCACGGCCAAGAGACGCACAAGACGACAAGAUAUAAGAAACGGAGAUCCGCUGACUCACUGUUCAGACUUGCAGCACCACGAUGGUCACCGCGGCCACAGCCUUGAGGAGAGAAUCAUCUACGGGGUGGAGAACAGUAGCACGUUGCUGGAGUGCAGCCCCAGGUCGCAGCGAGCCCUGGUGUACUGGCAGUUCCAGCGGCGGAACGAAGAGCGAAAGGAAGAGAUCAGAGUGGAUGACCACAUCAUCAGGACAGAGCAGGGCCUCCUGCUGCGGAGUCUCCAUCGGAAGGAUUCGGGCACUUACCUGUGUCACGCGGUGGAGCACGGCUUCAUGCAGACGCUGCUCAAAGUCACCCUGGAAGUGAUCGACACAGAGCAGCUGGAAGAACUGCUUCAUAAGGACGACGAUGGAGAUGGUGCCAAGACCAAAGAAAUGCCCAACGGCAUGACGCCAAGCCAGAAGGUCUGGUACAGAGACUUCAUGCAGCUCAUCAACCACCCGCACCUGAACUCCAUGGAUGAGUUCUGUGAACAGGUGUGGAAAAGGGACCGAAAGCAACGCCGCCAGAGGCCAGGACACGCCCACGGUCACAGCAACAAAUGGAAGCACUUGCAGGAAAGUAAGAAAGGUAGAAACAGGAGGACCCAUGAGCUGGAACGGGCACCCCGGAGUGUCUGAGCUGCGUUACCGCUAGAAACCUCAAACAGCAGAUACUUGCCUAGACAGUAA